CAACUGCAGAGGCGGGAGGUGGAUAAUAAAUAGAAGACCGGGCCCUUGGCCCAGCGUCCCGGGGCCCAAAGGGCAGCCCCGACUUAGCAGAAUUGGCUACCUUUGGACAGAGUGAAGGCUGUGUCCUAUAGAUUCCAGCACCAUGAACAUGUUUGAUCGGAAGAUCAACUUUGAUGCGCUCUUAAAAUUUUCACACAUCACACCUUCUACACAGCAGCACCUGAAGAAGGUCUAUGCCAGCUUUGCUCUCUGCAUGUUUGUGGCAGCUGCAGGGGCCUAUGUCCAUGUGGUUACUCAUUUCAUUCAGGCUGGCUUACUCUCAGCCUUGGGUUCUUUGGGAUUGAUGAUAUGGCUGAUGGCAACACCACACAGUCAUGAAACUGAGCAGAAGAGACUGGGCCUUCUGACUGGAUUUGCUUUCCUUACAGGAGUUGGUUUGGGCCCUGCCUUGGACUUAUGCAUUGCCAUCAACCCCAGCAUCAUUCCCACCUCCUUCCUUGGCACAGCAAUGAUUUUCAGCUGCUUCACCUUGAGUGCUCUCUAUGCUAGGCGUCGCAGUUACCUCUUCCUGGGAGGUAUCUUGAUGUCAGCUAUGAGCCUGAUGCUGUUUUCCUCCCUUGGGAACCUCUUUUUUGGAUCUUACUGGCUCUUCCAGGCAAAUCUGUAUGUGGGACUGGUGGUCAUGUGUGGCUUUGUCCUUUUUGAUACUCAACUCAUAAUUGAAAAAGCUGAAAAUGGAGAUAAGGAUUACAUCUGGCAUUGUGUUGACCUCUUCCUGGAUUUUGUCACCCUCUUCCGGAAACUCAUGAUGAUCUUAGCAAUGAAUGAAAAGGACAAGAAGAAAGAGAAGAAGUAAGACAGCUGUUCAGCCUUCCCCUCUUUGGCUCCCUUCCCUCAUCCUCUCAUUUCCUCUUUGCACACAUUACAGGUGGCGUGUUCUGUGAUAAUGAAAAGCAUCAGAAAAGCUUUUGUACUUUGUGGUUUUCUCUGUUUUGAGUUUUUUAAUCAGAAAACUGAUUAGCAGAUUCUUUGGAGUUUGGCUUCAUGUUCCCUGGGAUUCUGUAUUUCCCUUAUCCUUCGGCAGUCAGUCCCUGGUAUGUGAAGAGUAACUGCAACCAAGCAGAAGGAGCAAGUUUCAGGAUUCUUCUUGAUGGCAGUACUUUAUUGGUGGAUAUGAAUUUUUUCUUUGCAAAGCCUUCUCUUCUCAUUUGACAUUAUUUGGGUUUAAUAACCAUUCCUGUGGGUGGGAAAGGCAAACAAUAUGUGUUUUAGCAAGUUGAAUAGAAGCUUCCUUGGAGAAUAGAGAUUUCUGAAAGCCCUAGAUCCUAUGUUCUUUUUGGACUUGAAUUUCUGCCAGUUCCUUAAAGAGAUUUGCAAAUAAAGUGAACUGGUCUUUCUACUUCAGAAGAAGCUUUGUGGAAGGCACUUGUACCUCCUCUGAGCCUCGUUGAGUCACUGCCAAUCUGGCACACACACCAUCUUGCCCGCACCCCAUAUUUUCUCUGGUUGGUGGAUGUUGUCCUAAUUCCUUCCCUGGUCCUGUUUCAGGGAACCUCCCCAUUAAAAUCCAUCAGAGUAGGAGAGUUUUCAGUAUGUAUGGGUAUAAAUAAUAGUUACUGGAACAACUACAACUCCUUAAAAAAACCUUAUGCAUGUUGAGUGGGAUAAUGUUUAAUUCUCUAAACUUCCCCCUAGAUUCUUCCUCGGAAGUAUAACUUGGUCUUAGUUGCUGAGUACCUCUCUGACUUGACUGUCAUUAGUGUCCAAAAAAUCUUGGAGUUGGGCCCCAAGAAGGGCUAAGAUCCAUGGUGAGCUCUCUGGGAUUGUUUCUUCCAGCACACCUCCAAACAACUCUGUGGGCUAGAAUAUGGUAGGCUCUUUGACUCCCAGGUAAGGGCUGCUGUGAUUGCUUAAUAGGCAGACUUGUAAGUUCCAUUCCAUCUAGUCCAUUCCCCAUUGAAUAUCUGUAAGCAGUGUGUUGUCAGCAGAUAAAAUUUUGGCAGAUGAUUGCUAGCUCUUGUUCUGUUACCUGUCUUAUAGACAGGGAUGGCAACCUUUUUCCAUGCAGGCAUUGCUCACCUGACCAAACCCUUAGCCCUGUGCUACCUUACUUUAGUAGCAAGUAUGUGGAGAAUGCUAAUAGAGACCACAUGCCAAUGACCACAUUUUCAACCAGAGUCAGAUGGCAUACAAAUGAAGAUGGCAACCCAAAUGACUCUAAGAAUAGUUGUGAGACUGUACUGCAGGAGGGAUGGAAUUGCUUUAAGCUUAUUGCCAGCAGCCUUCUGUUAUUUUUGCUCUCCUUUCCCCUUCCCAGUACUGUUUGACAGUACUUCUGCUGGGAUUAUAAGCUUGGUCUCUUUUAGCACAGUACUGCUUUGAUUCUGGGGAAGCAUCUGCUCCUCGACCCUGUGGCAUUCAGGAUAGCUCUGUCUCCUGUAGAUUGAUGACCUUUGAUUGAGUAGUUGUCUCUGAUCCCAGGGUGCCAGACCUAGUAGGACUAUUUAUCCCUGUUGUAUCCCCCCAGCAGCCUUUUGUCCAUAUAUUUGAUGUUGUUCUGUCCUUGCUGAGAAUUUGACUGUGUUAAUGUCUCCUGAAGCCAAAUUCCACCUUUUGUGCUUUUUGCUUGGGAUAAAAGUUUUUCUUUAGAAACAGUGCCAAGAAUGACAAAAAAAAUUCUUCUUUUAAAGAGAAUGCCUAACAGGUUUUUAAUACAGUAAUCACUGUAACUAUCACUUUCUUUUCUAGUUUCUUGGUUUUCAGCUCAGGCUGCAUUCUAUAUAACUCAUACUGUGAAGACAGGUGUUUUUGAUUCAGAAAUAUAUGAAAUCUACAAAGUCUUAAUUUGUAAAAAAUAAAGAAAAAAUCCUUA